UUUAAUGGUAGUGGUUGAAAGCACUGUUUGAUGACCUUUUUUUCUCUGUUCAGUUCAUAAGACUAAUUUAAACUUUUUAUAUUGUAAAAAUAUUUAUUUUUCUGGACCAGUACAUACUUUUUCAGAUUAUUAUUUUCAAGGGUAUUUAAUGCUUAAACGUUUACAUUUGAAGAAUCUAGAUCAGCACUAUCAAUGUACUUUCUAUCCUAUUUCGUGUGGACCAGCUCGGCGCCUUUCUUGCUUAUUAUGUGGCUUGUGGGCCAACAGCUAGGUCUACGGAUGGGUAUACAGAUUGCCGAGUCACUGAACUGUUCUCGAUGGGGAGCACCAAGCAAUAGAGGGUUGUUUGAGGAUGGCGAUGUAAUCAUUGGUGGGCUUUUUAGUCUUCGUUACAUGCCUCCUGCUAAGGACUAUAGAUUCACACGGCAGCCUGACAACAAACCUUGCACAGGUUUACAAAACCUACCAUUACAGUACAUUUAUGCCAUGGUGUUUGCUCUGGAAGAGAUCAACCACAGCUCCACUCUCCUACCAAGCGUUAAGCUAGGAUACCAUAUUCAUGACAGCUGUGCCCUCCCUGACUGGGCUCUACAGGCUGCCCUAACAUUGGUUGGUGGAGACACCGUGAGCUGUAAAUCAAAUCCUCCAUAUCAGAAGGAAACAGGAAUUGGAACAGGUGAUCAGCCAGUGCCUUUGAUCAUUGGUGGUUCUUCUUCUAUAACAGCCCAGAUACUGUCCAGACUCCUAGGACCACUUUCUGUUCCUCUAGUGAGCUACACAGCCAGUUCCCCAAGUUUAAGUGACAGACAGCAAUACCCAAAUUUCUUCCGAACCAUGGCCAGUGAUAUAUAUCAAGCACGUGCUAUUGCUCAGCUCGCUAUAAAAUUCAACUGGACCUGGGUUGGAGCAGUUGUAGCAAACAAUGAUUAUGGACUGAUGGCUGUGAAGGUAUUUCAGGAGGCAAUUCAGGGGGCAGGGAUUUGUCUGUCAUUUGUGGAGACCCUCCAAAGGGAAAAUAUUGUAAGUGACGCAAGACGGGCAGCACUUGCCAUUCAGGCUUCAACUGUGAAGGUGAUUUUGAUCUUCACCUGGUAUACUGAUGUGAUGGAACUGUUCCUGCAACUAGAGAAGUUGAAUGUGACUGAUAGACAAUUUUUGGCAAGUGAGGCGUGGAGCACCAGUAGUGAUCUUCGCAAAAGUACUUUUUCACAAAAAGUUGCCAGUGGUGUUCUUGGUGUGGCCAUUCGAAGUUCACCUCUGCCUGGAUUUGAAAAUUACAUUCGUAAUUUAAACCCAUUGCUGCGCCCAAAUGAUCAGUUCUUAAAGGAAUUCUGGGAAAAGGAGUUCGGAUGCAGUCCUGGGAGUACAACAGCUGCGCUUGAUUCUCUUCCCCGUUGUAACGGCACAGAGAACCUGUGGACUGUGAAUAAUCUCUUCACUGAUACCUCCCAGCUACGGGUGACAUACAAUGUCUAUCUUGCAGUCUAUGCAGCAGCUAAUGCCCUACACUCUCUACUUUCCUGCCCUGAUGCUAACAUCUCACCUGGACACAAUGUCACCUGUUCCUUUACAAAUCAAAUCAAACCCAGAGAGCUCAUGGAACAGCUCAGAAAAGUGAAUUUCACCACCCCACAGGGGGAAGCAUUUUAUUUUCAAGGUGCUGACAUAACAGCAAAGUAUGACUUAGUGAACUGGCAGAGUAGCCCUGAUGGAGAGGUCGAGCUGGUUUUGAUCGGUCGUGUGGAUGGCUUUGAACUCUACCUUAAUGAAUCUGCAAUUCAGUGGAGCACAGGGUCCAGUCAAGUGCCUGUUUCCGUCUGUAGUGAAACUUGCCCUUUAGGCACACGGAUGGCAAGCAGGAAAGGAGAACCCAUCUGCUGUUUUGACUGCAUUCCAUGUGCUGAUGGUGAGAUAAGCAACAAAACUGGUUCCACUCAGUGUGACCGAUGUCCAUCUGAGUUCUGGUCCAACACUGAGCAUAGUGCCUGCAUCCCUCGCAGGCUGGACUUUCUCUCUUAUAAUGAAACUUUGGGUAUCACACUCACAGCAGUAGCUGUUUCUGGUGUGGCGGUGACAGUGGCAGUGUUUGCUGUGUUCCUUUUCUACCGUCGGACACCGAUGGUGCGAGCAAACAACUCAGAACUCAGCUUCGUGCUUCUGCUGUCAUUGAAGCUCUGCUUUUUGUGCUCGCUGGUGUUCAUCGGCCGCCCCUCUGUGUGGUCAUGUCGGUUCCAGCAGGCAGCCUUUGGGAUCAGCUUUGUCCUUUGUGUUUCUUGCCUACAAGUUAAGACAAUUGUGGUUCUGGCAGCAUUCCGCUCAGCGCGUCCUGGUGUUGAAGCCCUUAUGAAGUGGUUUGGUCCCAGACAGCAGAGAGGAACUGUCUGCUUCUUCACAUCCAUACAGGUUAUCAUCUGUAUUGUUUGGCUGUCUCUUAGUCCCCCAGAGCCUAAGCCUGACUUCGAGGUCGCUGGUUUACAGGUUACCUUGAAGUGUGCAAUGGCCUCAUUGGUUGGUUUCUCUCUGGUUCUGGGCUAUAUUGGCCUCCUGGGCUGCACCAGCCUCCUUUUGGCCUUUCUUGCCAGGAAGCUCCCAGACAACUUCAAUGAGGCCAAGCUGAUCACCUUCAGCAUGCUGAUUUUCUGUGCCGUCUGGGUGGCUUUUGUUCCUGCUUAUGUAAGUUCACCUGGAAAAUAUGCAGUUGCUGUGGAAAUUUUUGCCAUUCUGGCCUCAAGUUAUGGUUUACUCUUCUGCAUAUUUGCUCCAAAAUGUUUCAUCAUUCUUUUGAGACCAGAAAAAAACACUAAGAAACAUCUUAUGGCAAGAUAGUAAUAGCAUUCAUGCCAUCUGUCUUAUAAGAUUUAUACAUUCUAUUGUUCUAUGUUAUGUUUUUUAGACACACAUUGUUUCAAUGUCUGCAGAAUUAUCACGAUUCACUGUUUAUAUUAGGAAGAGUUGGAUUAUUAAAAAGCAACUUAAGUAAUGAAAAAAACCCUACAAAUUCUGAUUUUCAUAAUAAUGUGCUUUGAUUCAUUUGAUUUAAAUGCAACUUCUUUCAGAUUAACAUUUUUCUUAAUUUUGGGUUAAUUUUUGGUUUACUGCUCAGAGCUAAUGAGAACAAGGCAUGUCCUAUUGAUUGAUUUUAUGUAGAG